AUGUCUCCGCUGCAGCUGUCCGUCUACUGGCGUCUCUCCCUCAUCUUCUUCUUGACCCCUUUCCUCUUCUUUCUCGACAUUUUCACGGCCGCCAUCGUAGCGGCCACUUGUCACCACGGCAACAGCACCGGCGCGGGCGCUUUGCACGGAACGUUGCCACCGCAGAGCAACCAAUCAUGGCACAGCGAGGGUGAAGCCGAUUGGUUGAUGGAGAGCGGGAAUCCAGACUCAGUGUGUGGUUGGACAGACUGGUUGUCCUACGGUCAGACUCUCUUCAUGGUCGGGAUGCUGCUGGGAUCUCUGUUUGGAGGAACAAUAUCUGACCGGUAUGGGAAGCGUCCUGUGCUGCUGGUGUGUUUGUGCGUGCACGCCAUGUGCGGCCUCGUGCCCGCCGUCCUCCCUCAGCCGUUCCUCUUCCUCGCUGUCCGCUGCCUGACGGGCAUCUGCUGCUGCUGCAUCAACAUCUGCUCCUUUAGUCUGGCAGUGGAGUGGACCCUCCCUGCCGCUCGUCUCUGGCCGCCGGCCUUCCUGCCUUUCUGCUUCAGUCUGGGGACGAUGGGUGGAGCUCCGCUGGCCUGGCUCAGCCCCACCUGGAGACAGCUUCACCUGUCGCUGGCUCUGCCUCAGCUCAUGUGUCUGCCGCUCUACUUUUCAGUCCCGGAGUCUCCUCGCUGGCUGUUGUUAAAAAGGAGGACGGAUGUUCUGGACCGUUACUGUAGCAACAGCCCUGCAGAUAAACAUUGUCUUGAGCUGCUGUUGGACUCGGCCUGGUCUGACUUGCAGAAAGCCACUGAGGUGAGGAAGGAGCCGCCACCCGGAGACCACGCCCCCAGUGACAUCAUCCACCUCAGACACCCGACCGUCCUGCUGCGGCUGUUCAUCAUGAGCUACCUGAGUGCAGCAUCGGCGCUGACGUACUACGGCAUCUGUAUGAACAUUGGCUCGUUUGGCGUCGGCGUCUACUCCGCCCAGUUCUUCUCCGGCCUGUCGGAGGCUCCCUGUCUGCUCGUCCCAUUGGCUCGCCUGGGACGCCGGCCCCUCAGCAUGAUCGCUCAGUUCCUGAGUGGACUGGCCUGCUUCCUGUCGUUAUUGCUGUCCAAAUACAACGGUGACCCGGUGCUGGUGAUGAGUCUGGCUCUGCUGGGGAAACUCUGCAUCCUGGCAGCCAUCUUCAUCUCCAUACUGUACGGCAUUGAGCUGUUCCCCACUGUGGUCAGACAGCGGUGUGUGUCCAUGGUCAACUUGUGCUUCCGGCUCGGCUGUCUGGUCAACUCCCUCGUCCCUCCCAACCCAAACGGAGCGAUCUCAUUGGCUGCCAUGGUCGUGUACAGCAGCGGACCGAUCGUAAGCUGCGGGCUGUGCCUGCUGCUGCCGGAGACCAGCGGUGUCCCGCUUCCUGAUUCUGUGGAGGACUGUCACAGGCAGCCUCGGCCCCGCCCACCCAGCGUGCGCGCCCUCUGGAGGACACGGAAGCUGGUGAGCAGCCAAACCAGGAAAACAGAGAUCCUCCCUGCAGAGAAGGAGGAC